AUGACCAAACACUGCCGCGGGGACUUUACUCCGCGCGUGUCCGUGAUCAAAAAAAACUGGAGCUCAUCAAACUGGACACUGCCAACAUUGCCAUCAACUUCAGGAAAAGACCCGACCUCAACCCGACGCUUGCGAUCCACGACCUACGGCGAUGACGGGUUUUACGCGACAAAGGGCCGCGUCCACCGUUUGGGUCCCAGAAAAUAUUUGUGCAGAGACUGCGGGGACACUUUUACCCUAAAAGCCUCUCUGACUCGGCACCAGGCCUUGGAAUGUCGCGACCAGAUGCUCGCAAAGAAGGCCAUGAAGGUAAAAGCCAUGAUGGGAGUGAAAACCUUGAAAUCAGGAGUCAGAGGAAGACCCAGAACAAUCCGACCCAAGAUGAAGACCACUAUGCCUCUUAAGACCAUAAAAACCAUCCCCGCAAAGUCUACGACUGUCGUGAACUUGGCUUCGUUGAAGUCGAUGCCCAUCGAGGAGCUCCAGCAGUAUCUGAAGCCUGACCCAGACGGUCCUCCAGAUGCCAAGCAAGGAAUUUUGGCCUUUGGAACCAAGCCUGGAGAUCAGCCGCCCAAAAAGAAAAAGAAACACACUUGCAAACGCUGCGGAAGAAUUUAUGCCUUUUACACUUCUUUGUGGCGACACUUGCACUAUGAGUGCGGAAUGGAACCCAAGUUCUCCUGCGAGGCUUGUCCUCUUAGGUUCGCUCAGAAGAGCAACCUGGAGAGACACUUCAAGAACAUGCAUACUCCUCAUCCUCAUAAUAUUACUAUUUAA